AUGGUAGAUUAUGGAGUUUGGGCCCGACAACUAGGGCAAACCAUCGUUUUCCAUACAUUGGCCCGUGGGCCACAGAGCCCUUUUAUGUUAUUUGCAUGCAUUCCUCCAACGCUCGUCUUCUUCUUACCAUCGUUAAACAUAGAUCUUCUACAAAAAUCACAUCAUCUUCAGAUUGCAGAAAAGAUUAAUGGUGGCGAUGAGAUGGUUGAAAGAACACGGGCUCCAGUUAUAAGACCUCCUGCAACUCCAUUUUCAAAGGCUGAAUUUGGAGAAUCGCUGACAGGAAAUGAACAAAACGAUGCAGGAAGUGAUAUUGUUGAAUCUUCUUCCUUCCAUCAUGUGGCUUUGCUAAAGGGAAAACAUGUAGAGGAUUCAAAAAAACCAAGUGUAUCUCGAUACCCUGGAAAAGAAGAAGUUAAGCAUUCAGAAAAUGACGACAUUGUAGUAACAGACUAUCAACCACCUCACCGGAAAGCACCAAUACAUAACAAAUGAGCUUUUUGCAUGCUUCCAUAGUCUUAGAUGAAUUCAUGAUAUGUAUUGAUAGACGUACCCUUAGAAAUUAUGUACAAAUGUAGAGCGU